GGUAAAUGGUUUAUAUUAUCACGCACACCACGCGUAAGAGGGUAUGUCAUUUUUGUAAAUGUAAAUUUAUUGUACAUUUGUUACUUUAUUAAAAUGGGAAUAUUAGAAAAAAUAUCUGAAAUUGAAAAAGAAAUUGCUCGGACACAAAAAAAUAAAGCUACUGAGUAUCAUUUAGGUUUAUUGAAAGCAAAACUUGCGAAAUAUAGAUCACAACUUUUAGAACCACCAAAAAAAUCUGAAAAAGGAGAAGGAUUUGAUGUAUUAAAAUCAGGAGAUGCAAGAGUAGCUUUAAUAGGCUUUCCUUCUGUAGGAAAAUCUACUUUAUUAAGUACAUUAACACAUACAGAAUCUGAAGCAGCAUCUUAUGAAUUUACUACAUUAACUUGUAUACCUGGUGUUAUUGAAUAUAAAGGAGCUAAUAUUCAACUUCUUGAUCUUCCUGGAAUAAUUGAAGGUGCUGCACAGGGUAAAGGAAGGGGUAGACAAGUAAUAGCUGUUGCACGAACAGCUGAUUUAGUUCUUAUGAUGCUAGAUGCUACUAAACAAGAUGUACAAAGACAACUUUUAGAAAAAGAAUUAGAAUCAGUUGGUAUACGACUUAAUAAAAAAAAGCCAAACAUAUAUUUCAAGAUAAAGAAAGGAGGUGGAUUAGCAUUUAACUCAACAUGUCCAUUAACAAAAGUAGAUGAAAAAUUAGUUCAAAUGAUUUUACAUGAAUAUAAAAUUUUCAAUGCAGAAGUUCUAUUUCGCGAAGAUUGUAGUGCAGAUGAAUUAAUUGAUGUAAUUAAUGCUAACAGAGUAUAUUUACCAUGUCUUUAUGUACAUAACAAAAUAGAUCAGAUAUCAAUAGAAGAAGUGGAUAGAAUUGCCAGGCAGCCUAAUAGUGUAGUAGUUAGUUGCAAUAUGAAAUUAAAUUUGGACUUUCUUCUUGAAACAUUAUGGGAAUAUUUAUCUUUAAUAAGAGUUUAUACAAAAAAACCUGGUCAACCACCUGAUUUUGAAGAUGGUUUAAUAUUAAGAAAAGGAGUUACAGUAGAACAUGUAUGUCAUGCAAUUCAUCGUACACUUGCUCAACAAUUUAAAUAUGCUCUUGUUUGGAUCAGUGCUGUCCAAACUUAGUUGCUAAUAAAAUGGGCUCCAUCUACAUCCUGUGUUAUUUCGUGCGAGAUUUUUAUCUCUAAUAUAUAGAAUUCAAACUUUAAUCGAUUAUUUUCAGAACAGUCAAAUAAAAGGAUUGAUUAUAUUUGGUCUUAGCUGAAGAAAAUACAUUAAUAACUGAACAUAACAUAUGCUAUUGAAUAUAAAAUGAGGAAAUGUGACUGAAGAAUUCAUAGAAGAUGGAAAUGCAUGAAUUACUCCACUACUUUUGAAUACUAGCAUAAAGGGAGAUAAAACCGCGUAAAGGGCCCCAUCAGUGGACAGCACUGUUUUAGAACAAAAAAAAAA